UUUAGCCGGGUCGUGGAAAAAUAAAUUCGGCGUUGUACUCGGUAAUCAGUCAUAAUAUUACAUUAUUGUAUUGCUGCUGCAGCUAUAGUGUUGGUUAUUGUAUAUUUUUGUUUAUUAAAGUUCAUGUACCCAUUCGAGUAACGUUACGUUAAAUAAUUAAUAUUUACCAUGAAGUUAGUCAAGUUUUUAAUGAAACUCAGUCAUGAAACAGUGUCUUUAGAAUUGAAAAAUGGAACAACCGUCCACGGAACUAUCACAGGUGUAGAUGUAGCUAUGAACACUCACCUGAAAGCCGUCAAAAUGACCGUAAAAAAUCAACAGCCUAUACACUACGAAACACUAAGUAUUCGAGGAAAUAACAUUCGCUAUUUCAUUUUACCAGAUUCCCUUACUCUAGAAACACUGUUGGUCGACGAUGCGCCUAAAUCACGCAUGAGCCGUGCCGGACGAGGAGGCAGUCGUGGAGGACCUGGAAGGGGACGUGGACGUGGAGGACCUAGGGGUCGUGGAGGUCGUGGUGGACCUCGUGGAGGUGGUGGUGGACGUGGACGCGGUGGACCACCUCGACGUUGAGCUAAGAUACACAAUAUGCUACAAACACAAAUAUUGUGAAUGUUGAAAAUACUAAUAGAAUUCCUGUAUAUUAUCAAGUUUUAACAAUUAAUAAUAUAUAUGCUAUCAAGCAUAUAUAUUUAAUAACAAUGAACACAAUGUGUAUCACGAGCUAUUAUUUUGAAUAAUAAUAAUAUAUUUAAUAUAAGUAUAA